GCUAAAGCAAUUGUUAGCUAGCCAGCUGCGCUGAAAUGGGCGUUCACUUCUUAGCCGAUACUCAGGUGGGGGCCCGUGACAGGUUCGGGUUUUUUUGGGGUUUGAGAUUAAUGAACACUUAAUGUAUACGAUGUCCUCCAGGCGUCUAUCAUAUUAUUAACAUCGGUCAUGACGGAGCGAUUUUGUUGCAGUUAAUGCGCAAUAUUAAUGCAUAGUGAUGUUGUUAGCUAACGUUAAGGCAUGUUGCUUGCUAGUUCGCUAAACGGAUGCUCACUCGGUUGGUGUGUGAGGUAACUGGAAUAGCUGGUCAGCUUGCCUGGUAACGAGGAGCAGAAACACUCACUGAUGUGGUUCAAGCUUACAACCAUCUUUAUCCUCGCAUCCGUAUGUAUAAUAUUUUGUUAUUAAUUUGAGCUAUCUAAAGCUAAGUGCAGGCUACCAUGGUUUAUGCAUGUUGUACCCCUAGGUUUUACUGCUGGCUCACAUAUUCACUGGCGCAAACAGUCGCGCAAGAAUAAGGGCUAUGUCUGUCAACAGUGAGUCCCGAUCCUGGUUAUGUUCACUGUAAUUCCUCUAGUGUUGUUCUUGGUUGCGUAUUUCGUGAUAAUCAGUCAAACCUAUUAGCUCUACGAGGGACAUAAAAAAGCCCACACGAUAAUAAAAGCCCACACAUCAAAGAACACACUGUUUUUCAAAAUAGUGAUGUCUACACACCCUCUUUCGUGUUUUAACCAUAGCAGAUUUAAAGAAUACUCUUGUUAAUGGUCGUUACAAAUGCAUUUUUGUGGACUGAAUUGACACUAACUUGGAGACGGCUCAGAAGAAUCACAUGCUCAUGAAUGUGUCUUCAUGAUGAGUGACCUUGAACUCUGCACACGCUGAAACCAAGGAAUGGGAUGGAUAUAACUCAGCAUUAACAGAGCGUGAAGCAAAAGCUCUUCCUGACCUCAUCUUGAACGACAUAGGCCUGUUCAUCUGGAAACAAAUCAGGCUCUGAGCCAGUACCAACGAUGCCCAUAACAAGGCAUCCCUACAGGCUGCAGCCUAGCUACGCCAACUGAAAGCACCAGGCAAACGCAUCAAAUGUUUAAAGGAUGUACUGCUGAUUGGAUGCAAAAUCUCGUUCCUCUUCCACGUCUCCAAAACGUUAACGUUGAGUCUGUGCCAGCGUUUACAGUGAAUUAUGGUGACCAAAAAUGGUGCUUGAAUGUGGCAUCCUGGUGCAGAGUAUGCUAAAAGGGGUGAGGCUCUCUCAGAAAAGUGUAACAGCCGACUGAUAGUCUGCUGCCGAUAAUGGAUGCCAAGUUAAAAGAGGACCUCUUUCGAAGGUAUGUGACGGCACUGGAGAGGCGUCUGGAAGAUGGAGGGGAAUACACAGGGACAAGAACAACACCAGAGGAGGACAGAGGGAGACACAAGGACAGUGAGGCGCUACUCUCCACAGCUACAGCUCUGCUAGGGGCCUACCAGCCUGAUCCGGCACAACGUUUCCGGAUGGUGCGUUUUUAUGAAGUGGUGGAGAAUGCUCUCCGCUGCCAGAGAGGGGGCAACAUCAAGAGCCUGGAGAGAGCCUUCCACACAUUGGAAACCAUCUGCACCAACCUCUUGCUCUAUCCCUGGAAGAAGGAGUUCCGAUGUAUAAAGACCUUCACUGGCCCAUAUGUGUACCAUUUGCAGUCGGCCAUUUCUGAUGCUGAACUCCGAAGUCUUAUGCGCACCAUCGGCUAUGCCUGUGACCAUGAUUCGCAGUUCUAUUUGCAGGAGCACCCAGGAGGCACAAAUCAUCUCCGGCAGUUGGCGUUUGAGCUCUUCCUGGCCCAGGCAGAGUGUCGUCUUCUAGGAGAAGUAGUGGCUUUGGCCCGUGGUUCGGCCUCAGAGCUGGAGGCCCUGGAACUCCGAAGAGGCUGCAGAGAUGAUGCAGCUGGCUGUGCUGAGGCGCUCCGGAGACGGGACAGCCUUGGGGCAGAUAUGGCUCGGCUGUCUGUGCGGCCUUUAGAUAUAGAGAGGCCUCAUGCCCACCACCUGAGGCGAGGUAGCCGACCGUCUAAGUCUGUGGAUGUUACAGAUGGGGCUGGUCACUGGCACGCAGCAGUUAGCAAGCCUGUUUUGAAGGCCUCAUUGAGUCUGAGGAAGGAGCCUCUGUUUGUGGAUGCGGAGGAGGAUAUGAAGGAUGAGAUCAUCAGGCCCAGUACCUCAGCAUCUCUGUUCUCUGUGGCAGCGCCACCUUCCUAUAGCCCUAUUGCGGAUUUCUUUCCAAUUCAGUCACCUCCCCCAGCCGAUGCCUACACAUCCUACCACCUGUCAUCUUUGGAUGAGAUUGACUUGUACACAGAGAGGGGUGUUGGGACAGGAGGAAGGCAGACCCCCUCUCGACCUCCAUCCAGAGAGCCUCGGGAUGUAAGGGAUGGGUGGCUGCUCAAAGCUCAUGGUAGUGUGAAAUGUCAGGGCUGUGGGCUUGGCUGCUCUUCUAUGGCCUCUUGCCAGAGAUGUGACAUGAUCCUCUGUUCUGCCUGUCAUGAUGUGGACCCCUCCCCUUGCUGCGGCCUCCAGGACUACCACCAGAAAUCCCCACGACCCCUCGAUGGAUACAUUCCUGUCAAGGAAAAGCUCUCCGUCUACUCUAACACUCACUCCCACUCCCAUCUCCAUCCGCACCCCCUCACACUGACUCACUCACACUCUCACCCCCACCCCCAGAUGGUGGAGAAACCCCUCAUGUCCACAAAGCUGUUUGCUAGCAAGUCUAUUGCCUUGACCACACCAAAGGGAGGCAGCAGUGAGCGAAUAAGCAUGGGGGGAUCGCGAUGCGGGUUUUGCAACAAGCCAGGGGCAUCCCACACCUGUGUGAACUGCUCUAAGGUGUCGUGUGACUCCUGCAUGGGCUUGUAUGGAAAAGAUAUUUGCACGCGAAAAAAUCCCCAACACAGCUUUGUGCCCAACCAUCAGCUCAACUUCAAGUCUGGCACCAUAUCUCACCUGGUGUACCGAUGAAUCAGGCAUGGAUCAAAAUAUUUGUUUCUCCCUUCUAGUCCUUUCUCUUAACCUGCUGCAUAAUCUUGCACUAUUGCUUUAGCUCUGUUCUGGUUUAAACAGCUCAUUCACUAUCUUCCCCCUUAUCUGAUGGUCUUUUGGCCCUAUUGAACCCUCUCUUGAACUUUGUACAUUUUCUCUUACAGUCAGUAGGGCCCUGGAAUGCACUUGCCACAGAGAGCAAUAUCGUCUGCCCAUCUCUCUGCCUUGUACAAGUUCAGGCCUUUUAUCUUUUUCUUCUUCUUUUUACCUUGCUACCUGCUCUUGAGUAGUCAUGUGAUGUUGUAGCGCUUCCCCAAUUCCUUAAAUUUUGUCCUCCUCAAAAGGGGAACUGAAGAAAAUAGUUUAAUUCCUUCUCAUUUUGAAUGAAUUCUGUCCAAAUGAACAUAUGUACUUUGUCUAACUUCUCAGCUAAAAAAUCCUCUAAUAUAUAAAUAUAUAUAUAUACACUGUGUGUGUGUGUGUGUGUGUGUGUGUGUGUGUGUGUGUGUGUGUGUGUGUGUGUGUGUGUGUGUGUGUGUGUGUGUGUGUGUGUGUGUGUGUGUGUGUGUGUGUGUGUGUGUGUGUGUGUGUGUGUGUGUGUGUGUGUGUGUGUGUGUGUGUGUGUGUAAAAAGACCUCUGAGCUUGCAUACUGACACAGGAGAUCUUUUUAAACUUGAAAAAUAACAGAACAUAACACUGGAAGUCAAUUAGUCAAUAGUAUAUAUUUUUAAUCUCUAUUCUCUAGAACAAUGUGAGACUGUUAAAUGGGCAUGAGGUCUGGCAUUGGGAUUUUUGGGGUAAAAACUUAUGUCCGCGGGCUCGGGUGGAUGAUAUCUCAGAGGGACAUAUUGAGACAAUGGUUUGCCUUGUAAAUUAACCCUCAAUUGUUUCUGGUGAUAUGACUGAGGUGUAAAUGCUGCUGUUGACUUGAAGAUGUGUGGCGUUGACUUCUUUCUGAUAAAUAGCCUGUUGAGUUGUUUCAGUUCCAAGCUCCCCAUGCCCUUUCAUUAUACCCCUUAAGCCCCCAUUGCCCAUGAUGUUGAAGUGCAUCCUUACCAGAUCAGUCAUUCCUUGUCAGUCACAGGUGGAGUCACAGAAAGUCUCAUGCUGGGCCACAAAUCAAGUGAUUACGUUUUUUUGACAGUGUGUGAGCCUAUUGAUUGGUUUUAGACAGUAUGAAAGUGUAUACUCUGACACGGUUUCUGUCUACCUCAAAUGGCUUCAGCUUAUUACACCCAGUUUGACAUUGUGGUUUCAAACUAGCCCAACUGGUGUUUUAGCUCAAUAGAAAACAUAUUUUACUAUCAGCUGAAUUAGUCACUUUUAAAGGUUAGCAGAGGUUAUAAAUCUUGUGAGAUAAUCCUUGGCUUUUUCAUCUUAAUGACAUAGCACAAGAUUUUAUUUAUUUAGUUUAAUGGUCACUUUUGAGACUGUAUUUUGUGAAAGUGCAUUGAAUUGCAUUGCACUGUAAGUUGUCUCUGUUUUUUCUUAUUGACAAAAGACAGAAACCACUUAUAAUAUGUUGCAGUUCAAGACAACACCACAACAGACUAAGGGCUCAAAAAUGGCUUUAGUGUUGAAUCUACGACUCUCUGACACAAGUUAAUACCAUUACACAUUUUAGCUUUGCAAAGGUAGGAUUUAUCACAUGACUAUUGCACUAAACUGUAACAUGUUGCUGUGUUUACCUUCUUGUACAGUACAGCGAUUGCCAAUUUGUAGUGUUAUUCUUUUUCAUAUUUUAAGACCCCGAAAUCCAUCUCUAAGCCCCUUGUUUUAGGUACAUUUGGUCUAUGAAGUUAGCAGGAGUUUGCUUGAGCAAGCCACUGCUGUUUGCUGUGAACUUUUCAUUAAACCCAUUUAUUAAUUUACUUUGAAGGGCUGGGGUCAUGAGGGGUGAAUAAACUCUGCUAACAUGUUAAUCGAGUGUCUUACAUUUGGAACUACAGGCUGAUUAGGCUUUGGUUCUUUAUUAGGGGAUAAUUAAUUUAUAUUGAAGUUGAGAGUCACCAAGGGCUAAUUUUAAAUCACAUUUCAUUCAAAAAAAAGUCUGAGUCUGGGUUAUUUUGACAGACCGUUUAGGCAGCCGUAGCCUUGAUGGUCUGUCAGGAAUAACCUCUAAAUGCCUUAAGCUCAUUCAGCUGUCUUAUCAAAUACUUUAAGCUUCCACUGUUGUCAUUGACAUUGUUUUGUGUUUUACCAGCCUACAUGAAUUAAAUGCACAGCUAGCUCUAUGACUGCUAAGGAAGGAAAUCAGAGUAUUUAAAAAAUACACACAAGUAUGGUAUACUUAACAGUGUCUAAAAGGAAGCAUGUUGAACCAUGCAUAUUAACAGGAAUUAUGCAGCAAUUCACACUUUGUAGACAUAUAUACACACACGGUGUGCUUGCUGGGGUUAAUGUCUGUUUUGCUCACAGAUGUUACCUAAUACAUGGUUGGUUACAGUGAGUGAUGUUAUACUUCUGUUCAUUUCUUUCCUUUUAAAAUGGAGUUCUUUGUCUUUGUCAUGCUAACAACAUAAAAAAUGGAUCUUUUGAUACCGUUUGGAUCUACCUUAA